GUUGCCCUACAUCAUUACUGUCCUCUUUUUGGCUAUAUUCUGCAAUAAUGCUCAAUUUCUAUGUAUAGUGAUUAUAGCUGUGAUAUCAAAUGGUUCCAGCAGCCCACUAUAUAUAUAACCCCUAGAUUAUGUUGUCAUUUAGCAAUAGUUUUAAGUAGAUGAUGUUGAAUACUUAUUUAUCUCACACAUGACACCUAUGCAGACUGUAAUCCUUAACUCAGUGGUUUCCAAACUUUUUUGAAUCAUGGCACCCUAGAAUAUCAGAAUUUUUUUUCACGGCACCCCUAGGCCAAAAAUUUCUUAUUGAGAAAUUUAGAAAGAAAUAUUACAUUAAGUAGAUUGCGUUUAUAUGUCAUCCUUAGGGUCAGUUGUGUGGUGAGGGACAAGAUUUGCUUCUGUUUGGCCACAUAUUUUAUGACUGGCAGCCACCAGCACUAGUUUUGCCUAUUAUAUUGACCAUGAAUAAUUUGAAUUGGUCCUGGACCACCAACCCAGGGCACCCCUGCAAGUGUCCCGAGACACCCCAGGGAGCCACGGCACACAGUUUGGGAACCACUGCCUUAACUGGUUUACUAAUUUCGUAGCAUUUACAAUGUAAUAAUGAUUUACAGUGCUCUGCUAGUUCUAUUCAGUAAAUACCAUACUACUCACAGAUACAAAGUGUAAACAUUACCUACAAUAAUUUGUUAAAGUAGUUGCAAAAUGACCAUCAAAACUCAUUGCUGUAAAAUUGAUUUAUUUCUUGAAUUACCUAGUAUUUAUUAACACUAAUAUUAAUUGACUGUCCUUAUUUUCUAUGUUUUGUAACCAGAUGGUGGCUGGUUUAUUAAAUAAGCUAAACUAACACUAACAUUUAAAAGAACCCUUGAGAACUUUGGUGGACAACGGCUACUGUAUGUACAAGGUAAAGAAAAUCUCAGAAACAGGAUUUUUUUUCUAUUAUAAAAAGUACUAUAUUGGAAUUCAAAUUAUAGAACCUUAUGUAUUAACAGACUUUCAUGCCAGUGUGCUAGGGUCACAUUGGCCAGCAUUGUUGCCCAUUCAUGUGGUGCAAUUAAUUAAUUUAAGGAAUUAUGUACCCAGAUCAACAAUAAAUGUACAUACAGUAAUGGUCAUUAAAUAAAAAAAAGGGACUGCAUUACUCUGUCCAUGCCAACCCUGAGACAAGGUAUUAGUUAUAUUUAUUAAGGUUAUUUUUUCUAAUUAAGAGAGGCAGCAGAGGGUGCUCAUUGCAGUAAUCUUGUGCCUGCGUGUGGUGGGGGUAACUGCUCUUUAUUAGCAAUCAUCAGGGGAGAUCCAGUGAGGAUGGCACUGAAAUACCUCUUCAUCACUGGCCCUGCAUGUAUUGUUAUUAAAUAGUACUUUACAGUCUGACCAAGAGGGUGAGUAAAGCUUCUGGGGAAAUGUGCCAAGUAGAAUAGAACCACAACACAUUUUAUCACUCGUCUUCAUAUACUAAUACUUUUUAACUUCAGUUCAAAAUUGCCAAGUAUUCUAUUCCUUUAAUUUAAAAAAAGUCAUAAUUUCACACAUAUUACAUUUAUUACCUAGAUAUAGUAGUAGCAGAGAUCUUAAAUGAUUAGAAGAAUUGACAUACAAACUAUCAUUUAAAUUUCUGUCCAACAAGCUUUAGAUCAUGUUAUUGUACAUGUAUAGCAUGUAGCACAGUGAUGUGAUAUAUACUCCUUGUUCAGCUACCCUGAAACACACGUUUCUGGCAAUCACAAAAUUGCAAAAUGUGGCGCAAAUCUUUAUACAGUAUAAUCCAUUGUGAUAAUGUCAAUUUCACUACAAGCAGCUAAACACUGAAUAAGAUUUAGGCUAAUUAUUAAUGAAAUAUUAAAAUAAAACAUGAUUCUUCAAAUGUAAAGAAAAAUAAAACAUUGCAUAAAUACAGUAUGUUGAUUAUUAUUAUUAUUAUUAUUAUUAUUAUUAUUAUUAUUAUUUUCUAUUCUAAUACUUAUUGCACCAUUGUUUUUAAGCAAGAAUAUUAAAUGGAAUUUUAUGGGGCGUAAGUAAAUUGCCUAAUAAUUGAAUAGCUCCAGGACAGGGAGCUUUAGCCGCACAGUAAUCACAAUGGCUAAUUGACUCUGCCCCUCUGCAAUAUAGGUCUCAACUUCUUUUGAUUUAUAUCAUUGCCAAAUGAAUAUGAAAUGCUUUGUACUACAGUUUGUUCUUGAACCAAAAGCCAGGAAAGCAAGAUCAUCUGCUACUUCUACAAAGUUUAGGGAUUAAAGGAUAUCAAUUGAGGCUGCAGUGUUACUAUUUUGGUACCAGUACCAGUACUUGCUGGCGGAAAAGACAAUGGUUAAUGGACUUGCAUCCAUUUUGUAUUUUUUUGUAAUAUCUGUAAAUAUAAACUUUUUAAAUUUAAAUUGUUGCAAACAUGUUUUCUUUUGUAAAAUGUUUUCAGAGUUUACAUUGAAUCUAAGCCUUUGUAUAUUUUAGAGCUGUGCAACACUUUAAGUCUUGUAUUUAUUUUUUAGUAAAAUGGUGAGAAUUUCAUUUUGUGAACCCCUCUAAAAUGUGUCAGAAAAAUUUGAUUACAUAGAAAGUGUGUAUAGAAGCUGCAAAUAAACG